AUGCAGCACUGUUUGCAUCUCUACUGUCUUAUAGCAUUCUUCGUCUUGGGAGCAUUGGUACCAAGGACGCUUGCGGAUGAGCCAUGCACCGCGCGUGAUGGAGACAACUUUUAUAAUCUGAGCCCACUGAGAGCAAGUAAAGACUAUGUAUUCAUGUCACCGAGCGGCGAGAAGUUUACUAUCAAUGUGUGCAAGCCUGUGGUCAGUGAAACAUGGGCAAUGCACGUCGACAGGCCCAAGGAUGUCGCCGGGUUCAUACACCGGCCGCGGGGUGACUUCUCCAUAGGGUAUACGAAUACAACCCUUCUCGUUCGGAAUGGUCACCCACUACUCGUGACGACGGAUGGGUCCCAAUGUCCUACUGCCGAUAACAUGACUGCGUCGACGGCGAUCCGGUUCAUCUGCGAUACGUCAGUGUUCGGUGCAGGAAGUCCUGAGUUGGUUGCACAGUUGCCGCCAGACGACGAUUCUGCUUGUGCAUUUUUUGUCGAGUGGAGAACCCAUGUUGCUUGUCCGACGAACGAGCGUGGAGGCUCAUGGGGAUUCCUGGUGAUCGUCGUAGCAAUACUCGGCACGGUGUUCAUGUUGUACAUCCUCGUGGGAACCUGGUAUAAGCGAUACGUACUGGAGCUGCGGGGAUUCGACCAGAUACCGCGACUUCCUAUGAUGUCGUUCAGCGACAUGGUGGCAUUCUUCCGCGAUUGGAUGGAGAGAAUCAGAGACGGUUCGUGGCGCGGUGGCUACCGCGGGAUGACCGAGGAGCAUGAGUCGAUGAUGGGUGGACCUCCUGGGUUCCUGGAUGAGCAGGAAGAGGAGGCAUCGCGUGACCCGGAAGCCGGGCGUGAGGGCGAGCCCACGACGACGCCCCGGCCUCCGGGCAUGGACUCUGCAGGGGUGAUUCGUUUGUGA